AUGUGGCGACCCCUGAAGCUGGUCUCGUUGGGCCCAAGGCAACAGGGUUUUGUUGAGGGCGGGAUUGGCCUGGAGACUCUGGGGGGGGGGGCGUGCCUGGGGGACUCACCGGGCCACGGGCUGGGGCUCCCUCUCCCCACCAGCCAGCCGGAUCAGAAAGGUGCCCCUCCCAUGCCUGGCUUCCAGGAAGAGGCUGGCGGCCGGCACCUGGCCCGCCUGCUGCGGUUGGGACUAGACAGACAGGCUGCUCAUGAAAAGGUGGCUUUGAGAGCAGGGCCCCCCGGCCCAGACCCCGCCCCCACCCCUUCCUGCCCCCCCAUCCCCUGCACCGCGGGGGCCCCCCACUCUGCUGCAGGCGGCUUCCAGAAACAGAAGUCCAUUCUGCAGCAGACAGAGAAUGAUGGACAGAGGACAGAGCGGUGGACAGCCAGCCAGGAGACCAGUCUGUCUCAGGAAUGGUCAGACGAACAAAUAGGCUUCCGGCUCUUUCAGAGGCAGAUGGACAAAGAGGGGACCCCAGCACCCACACCCUGGUUCCUGGCAGAGCCUGCUCCUAAAGGUUCAGGACUUCCGGGCCUCAAGGUCAGCCCAGGGUGCCGAGAGGAAAGGACCCACGACUCCUCCCUGAGCCUUCGUCUGUCUGCCCAAGCGGCCACAGACCUGGGGAGAUGGGAGGAGGAGGAGCUCCUGCCCACGAGGAGGCCCCAGUCUAGAGGUGGAGGGGACUGGGAGACAGGAUUCUCAGAACAGAGACUACUGCGUAUGGCCAUGAGCAGCAGGGCAGGAGCAGAGGGAGAGAUCCUUGUGCAAGGGCCCAAAUGGCCAGGGGCUCCGGGGCUCAGGCCGCAGGUGCCCACACUCUUCCAGAUGCCCCUUAGCCCAGUGCUUUAUCAAGGCACUGCAGGCUGCGCAGCCUGCUCUGAGAAGGCCCAGCAAGGCCAGGAGGGCUGUCUCCUGCCUCAUGGUCUUGGAGGCAACUGCCUCCCAUUCCCCCGCACCCAUGAGCUGUGGGGCAGGCUAUCUCCUCUGACCAGCGACUGUGGUCCCGGCCAGCAAGGACAGCUUUGUUUUGGCCUUCAGAGCCUUCACUGGUUCCCCAGAAACAUGAGCAGGCCGGGCCUCUCUUCUGCCUACUCCCCCACUCCGUCCCCCUCCCCGGUUCAGACCCAAGGGGCACCAGGAUUCAUCCGGGACAUCUGGGACAAGAUUCCCUUACCUCGGUGGGUGCUCAUCACCAUCCUUGUGGGAGCUGUCUUCCUGCUGGCCUCCUGCCUGGUCUGCAUUGUCUGCUGUUGGUGCCGCCGCCGGCGGAGGAAGAAGGGGGCAAAGAAGGAGACUGUAGGCCUGGGUGGGGCCCCAAAUGCUACCAAUACCCACCUGGUGCAGCCCGACGUGGAGGACGUGGAGCUGGGGCUGGAGGACCCCAACAGAGGACGGGUGCAGGUCUCCCUAGAAUACAGCUUCCGGGCCCAGGAGCUGAGGGUUGGCCUGAAACAGGCCGCUGAUCUGAAGGCCCUGCGAGCCAGUGGCACGGCUGACGCCUACGCCAGGAUCUACCUGACCUCAGACCCCCGGAAGAUUCAUGAGACCAAGGUGCACCGGCAGACUCUUAGUCCCAUCUUCAAUGAAAGCUGCAUCUUCCAGGUCUCCCAGGCAGAGCUGCCAGAGGCCACGCUGGUGAUCCAGGUCCUGGACUUCAGCCGCUUCUCCCAGCAUGCUCCCAUUGGGGAGGUCCUUGUUCCCCUGGACAUGACUGACCUUCACCAUGUCCUGGAGCAGUGGCAUGAGCUGGGGCCACCAGGCCGGGCCAAGCAGGAGCAGACGGGGGAGCUGUGCUUCUCUCUCCGCUAUGUCCCCAGCACAGGGAAGCUGACCGUAGUGGUUCUUGAGGCUCGAGGCCUGCGGCAGGGGCUGUCAGAGUCCUAUGUGAAGGUUCAGCUUCUCCUGAACCGGAAAAAAUGGAAGAAGAAGACAGCGAUGAGUGUGAAGAGCAGCACGGCCAGCCCCUACUUUAACACAGCCUUCGUCUUUUCCGUGCCUUUUGGUCAGAUCCAGAAUGUGGACCUGCUGGUGUCCGUCUGGGGCCACAGCCGCGGAUCCAGGGCAGAGCCCCUGGGCAAGCUACUCUUGGGCUGCCGAGCCACCGGCCACCAGCUGCACCACUGGUCAGACAUGCUGGCUCAUGCCCGGCGGCCCAUAGCCCAGUGGCACAGACUGCAGCCUCCCGAGGAGGUGGACAAGGCACUCUGGCUAAAGAGGGGCCUGCGGCUCCCUCUGCCCCGCCCCUAG